AAAAUUUUGGCGUGAACACAAAGGGCACCCUGGAAUUCAACGAUUUUGAUUGCAUUGCCCCCUGGUUGGCUCGUUGGACAUCAAGUCAAAGUCUUUGUCCUCGCCCGCUUCACUAUAACAGAUUACUGCUUCACUCUCAGACCAUCCUCAAAACUCACAAUGGCGGAAAUGAAAUCCUUUGUAAUUCUCUCCAUUAUUUUGUUUAACCUGAUCUCGAUUCUUCCGCUCCGCACAUUAUCGUUCUCUCCCGAUCACCCCACUGACCGCCAGAUCCUAGUUUUGCUCGACGAUUUCGCUCUAAAAUCAUCGCAUUCCCUCUUCUUUGCCGCUCUCCAAUCUCGAGGCUUUAAUCUCGAUUUCAAGCUCGCCGAUGAUCCUUCCAUCGCUGUCAAGCGGUACGGCCAGUACUUGUACGACGGCAUCAUUCUCUUUUCUCCUACGGCUGACCGGUUUGGAGGGUCGUUGGAUGUGCAGGAGAUUUUGGAUUUUAUUGAUUCUGGCCAUGACUUGAUAUUGGCAGCCGAUUCAAAUGCCUCUGAGUUAAUCCGGAACAUAGCAGCUGAAUGCGGUAUAGAUUUUGAUGAGGAUCCAUCUGCCGUGGUCAUUGAUCACACUGGUUAUGCUGUCCCUGAAACUGCAGGAGACCAUACCUUAAUUGCUUCGGAUAGUUUUAUUCAGUCUGAUGUUAUUCUUGGAAGUAGUAAAAUAGAGGCCCCGGUCCUUUUUAAAGGGAUUGGACAUUCAGUGAAUCCUGAAAAUAGCUUGGUUCUGAAGGUCCUUUCGGCAUCUUCUUCAGCUUAUUCUGCUAAUCCUACCUCAGAGUUAUUAAUUCCUCCGUCCCUUACUGGAACAGCUAUAUCAUUAGUUUCGGUUCUCCAGGCUAGGAAUAAUGCAAGAGUUAUGAUAUCUGGAUCAUUGGACUUGUUUAGCAACCGGUUAUUGAGAGCAGGAGUACAGAAGAAUGGGAGCUUGAAAAAAUAUGGAAAAUCUGGUAAUGAACAAUUUGUCACUGAAAUUAGCAAAUGGGUAUUCCAUGAAAGAGGUCAUCUGAAGGCCAUCAGCCUUAAGCACAAUAAAGUUGGUGAAACUGAAGAACCUCCAACAUACAGAAUCAAUGAUGAUCUGGAGUUCUCUGUGGAGAUCUAUGAAUGGUCGGGCACGAAUUGGGUCCCGUAUGUCGCAAAAGACGUUCAAGUGCAGUUCUACAUGAUGAGUCCCUAUGUCUUAAAAACGUUAUCCACAAACCAGAAGGGACUCUAUUACACUUCAUUCAAGGUUCCCGAUGUUUAUGGAGUUUUCCAGUUCAAGGUUGAGUAUCAGAGGCUUGGGUACACUGGCUUGUCACUGUCGAAACAGAUUCCAGUAAGGCCCUUCCGGCACAAUGAAUAUGAGAGGUUCAUCACAACUGCUUUUCCUUACUACGGAGCUUCAUUUUCUAUGAUGGCUGGAUUCUUCAUCUUCAGCAUCAUUUUCCUGUACCACAAGUGAUUAAAGCUCUCUUCUCAAGGGAAACGUCUAUGCACCCAAACACCAUUUACUUUUAUAUUUUCCUUCAUUCUCACAUUUACUUGUUAACUUCAUAGAUGUCGACCUAGCAGUAGUUUGACUCUCUACACCAACAAUUUUGAACAAAGAGAAAAAAUCUAGACAAUUUAAUACUUAGCGGAAAAAAAUGGAAAUGGUUUUUGCGCUUCA